GCAAGUUGCAAUCUCACUCUAGUCACUCCUCUCCAGUAUCACAAAGUAGAUUUUCUUCCUCAAGCAAUGCCACCAGGGCGAAGACUCAAUGAAAAAAGAAGGGCUCCUAUUGAUCCACACCACCUGGAUGAAGUUCGAAUGAUUAAACAAGGUUCUCAGCAAGCUGAAGCUUGUGAGAUCAUAGCCGCGUCGGUUGUCGAUAUUGCCGGUGGGUGUUGUUGGUCGGUAUAUUCAUGUCGUCCAUCACAUUCGCCUACCUCAGUGAGAAGAGCGGCCCAUCGUUCACCAGUACAGAAAAGAGCGUACGCGAUUCAGCUGCAGCGAGCUUUAAGUUGUUCGUCGGAGCCACAGUCAAGGCUGGCAUAGUCACGGAGCCCACGUCGCUUUCUGUAUCGUCGCUGAAGGCGAGCGUCGUAUGGUACACAACACUGAAGGAGGACGGUGACUUUCUGCGACUCCUCGGGAGGGGUGUAGAGGAUGCUCAGCUUGUGCUGAUGCUGGCUCUAUUACCCAACCUGGAGGUCCUCCGUAUCGAUGGACUGAGCCCCUUUCCGCUCCUUGAUCGGUAUCAAUUCCUCUCUUGUUCGAGCACAGCGCUUCAGAAGCUGUCGGCGCUACAGAUCAACGGCUCAAACACAAACUCGAAAGAGCCAGUUGUCAAGAACAGUUUACAGUUUCUCGAUAUUACACCAAACUCGAUGAAGAUCUACCUUAUUGCCAUUGCCGCCGGUGGCCAUAAAUUCACAACCAAAGCGCUUCCUUCGACCAAACUCGAGCAUGUCCUCUUUCUCGGGUGUGGAAUUAACGUUCGCCUCUUGCGUAAGAUCAUGCUCGGUCAGAAGCUGCAUAGUAUAGCCUACCGGCCUGGUCCAGCCCAGGUCAGUGAAAUUACAGGAUCCGAAAUCUCGGUACUAGACCUUUUGGCUUCAUUCGCGCAUUCCAAGCUUUCCCUGAAGACUUUGACGCUCUUCUCUGCUGGGGUGAACUGUGGGAAAACUUCCCUCAAGAUUUUUGAGAACCUUGAAACAUUGGGAGUGCCUCUUGGGGAUGUCCUGGACAUCCCAUACGAUGAGGUAGAGCCUGAGAACAUCUACGCGCGCCUCAAAGGCCAGCUUCCUGCUACUCUGAAUCACAUCAUCCUCCGCUAUAUGAACAACAACCUUCAGAACAAAAUCGUCAUAGAGCAAUUGGCUGUGUUGAAGAUGCAAGGCAUGUUGCCGCGGCUCGACCAAGCAACCUUCAACUUCACUACCGCUGUGCCUACGUCAUACAUCUCCGCGGCGGUCGUCAACAUCGGUGGUCCUACAGCGGAAGUUACCGCAUGUUCUUCUUGGGAUUAUCUGCCAAAAAUGGAGACGAGAAUCCAGGAAGAUUUCGGCAAGCUGUACAAGGACGCAGGCAUCUGCAUGGUGGUACAACAGACAGACUGGUAGGAAGCUGGCUGGUCCGAG